UUUAGGAACUAUAUUCUCCAUUAUUAUCUUAAUUAAUCUCUUUGCCGUGGUAUCCUAUUCCAUCAGAUCUUUAUAUUAAGUACUGAUAAGAAGAAUUCCCAUGAGCAAAUAUUAAUCAGAAGCAACAGGGUAAGGAGAGAGAGAGAAGCAUCAAGAAAAUGAGUGUCGAGGUUGAAGUAAUCUCUGAAGAAAUGGUGAGACCAUCGUCUCCUACACCUCAACAUCUUCGUCGUUAUCAUCUCUCCUUCCUCGACCAGCUUAGUCUGCAAAUCAACAAUUCUAUGGUCUAUUUCUUCAAAUCCGAUGAUGUCGCAAACAAAUUUAACAUCAACCAAGCUUCCAGUCUUCUCAAGAAAUCGUUGUCUCAAGUCUUAAGUCACUACUACCCACUCGCCGGAAGACUCAUAACCGACAAGUUACUCGUAGAUUGCAACGAUGAGGGUGUCCCUUACGUAGAAACCAGAGUCAGGUGCCACCUCAGCACCGUCGUCGACAAUCCAUCUCCGGCCGACGUCAGGAAACUGCUUCCCUACGACAUGGAUGAAAUCGUCGACACCGUCCUAGGUGUCCAAUUCAAUGUCUUCGAUUGCGGCGGAAUAGCCGUCGGAGUAUGCCUCUCCCACAAGAUCGCCGACGCGCUGUCGUAUUUCCAGUUCAUCAAGAGCUGGGCCGCCAUGGCACGGGGCGAAGCAGAAAAAAUCAGAACCCACUUCCAAUCUUCCUCACUCUUCCCGCCAAAAGACAUGUCGGGAUACGACCCGAAUUCUUUCAUCGGUAUGCACAAAGUCGUGGGAAAGCGGUUCGUAUUUGAAGCAUCGGUAAUAGAAUCUCUGAGAACAGAAUAUUCCAGAAAAGUCAUAGAAGACCAAAAACCUCCUUCAAGAGUAGAAGUAUUAUCAACUUUCAUACUGAACCGGUAUAUUGCAGCCACUAAAGAAAAAGGGGACAAAAAAAUUCACUUGAGAUUCGCAGUGAAUCUACGCCCAAGAAUGGAACCUCCAUUGCCAGAAUUUGCAUUCGGGAAUUAUUACUUGUCUCUCGAAGCCUUUCCAACUUUAAACGAGAAAGGAGAUUGUAACGACCUCGGAAGGCAGCUAAGAGAAGAACUAAACAAAGUGGACAAUGAUUUUAUUGUGAAGCUUCAAGAAAGCAGAGAAUGGAACCCUAAUGGAGAAGAGACGACCGAUAGCGGUAUUGAUGAGAAAAAUGAGAUGGUGGUGUUUUUGUUCACCUCACUGUGUAGGUUUCCGGUGUACGAGGUUGAUUUUGGAUGGGGGAAUCCCACAUGGGCAGGACCACCCACCUGGAAAUUCAAGAAUUUCGUUACUUUUAAAGACACAAGAUCCGGUGGUGGCAUUGAAGCCUAUGUUAACUUCACAGAGGAUGAUAUGGGCAAAUUUGAACUUGACCAAGAGCUUCUUGCUCAUGUUUCUACCACUAUGGGGUUGAACUAAUUUUACACCAAUAAUUUUAUAUGGGUCUUUAUUAUUAUCAUCAUUUCAUCAUCGUUCUCGCAUAGUUUUCUUGUAUUAUUGUCCAUCGUCGUCUGUCACUGACAGCUUGUCUAGAUCUGUCCAUUGACUGAAAGUUGUGGGGUUGUUGAAUAAUUAUUAAAUAAAUAAAAAGCGAAAGUUCUCAUCUUUUAA